UGACGUCAACACUGACGAGCAGAAACUAGAGUGACUCUGUGUCUCUUUAUAAAUGUCUUUCACACGUCCUGACGUUUUGUUGUUCCAUUGAAAUUGUCUCAUUCAGAAUCCACCGUUUGCUGUGAAUGUUCAGAAAGAAACGCUUCGUUGCCUUCCAUGUACAACAUCCACACAUCAGGUACAUCAGGUGGGUGACGUGGGUGUCAUGUUUCAUCUGCUGGCGGGAACUGUCUGGUGUCCGUGCCAUGACAACUAGCCUUGCCUUUUCCAUAAUACCAAAGGUCACCGUCAAGAGACUUUAUGGCCAUCAGUCCACAUUUCAGUCCAACCGGGAAGUUAACUCGUCUAUUUUUGUGGCUUCACCGGAGCUUGAGAGACACUGGGAUUCAGUUUUUACUGGAAUAUAUAUAAGGAUAAUGCCGUCCACUAAAAAGACUCUGUUUUUUCUGUCCAGUGCUUUGGCUACUGCCCUAUCUAUUGGUGUGAUGGGGUUCAGCAUGUCAACAGUGUGGGCUGAGACGGCCAUGGAGUGUUCAAGAGGGAAUGACAUCUUCAAUGGCACCGGAAUCAUCACUUUCCAGCUUUUUGUUGGGAUUUUUGACGGAGAAUCAUGUCCUUCGUUUGAAAAAAUACAGACAUUUGAAAUGAUUCCUCAGCUGACAGAAGUUGGAGUUACCCCAGUCGCCCUGCACGCUUUGGUCAUAUUCCUGUCGGUCCUGUGUCUGCUGUUUUCUGCCAUCAGCAUCAUCAUCAGUGCCUACAACAGUGUCAGUAACCCCUAUGAGACCUACAUGGGUCCUAUUGGUGUUUAUGUCUGCAGCUCAGUCAGCGUGUGCCUCUCAGCUAUUGUCCUGAUCUUAUUUGUGCUGAACAUCAAACUGCACUACGUAAACAUAGCGGACGUUGUGGUGGAGAACUUAAAUGUGAUAGAUUCACCCGUUGACCUGAGGGAUAUCUCUUCUAAGAUGCUGAUGGGAUACUAUCUGAUCAUCCCAUACACUGUGCUCUCUCUCACCGCCAUUGGCAUCAUAUACGUGUAUGACCACACAGCCUAUAAACACAGGCGAGAACAGGAGAGACCUACGGAGGACGCACCCAAGGAGAUAAUGAUGUAUUAAUAACAAAAGAGUCUGUUUAAAUCGUUCACCAGGACAGUCUGGAGUCACCUAACAUCAUGAAAAUAACAAAGAUUGUGUAUAAUACAGUAGAAUAUGGAUGUACAGCUUCAAUUCCAACCAUGUUAGGACAGUGGUUUUAUAAUCUCCAUGUAAUCUGAGUACAUUAGCAUGUAAAUAACUUAAAAUCUAUUUAUUUUAUUUGCAAUCGUAAAACUACUCCGAUACCACUGAAUGUAUCAUCAGGUGAGCUGAGCAGGUGAGCAGCAAUGAUGUCAGCAGUAGCAGUAGGGCUGGGCAAUAUUUACAUCUAUAUCAAGACACGAGACAAGGCGUGGACUUACAUUUCAAAUAUUGUGUGAUCACUUUUCCAGGUUUUAAAGCAGAGGUCUCAAACUCGUGCCCCCCCAUUGAUUUAAUGCGGCCCGUCAUUUAAUAUCAAGCUUUAAUGAAUUGUUUCUGUAUGUUUUUGUUAUUGUGAACUGUCUAUCAUUCCAUAAUUAAAACAAAAACUUUUAUUUUGAAAUUUGUGAUAUGAUUCAAAAGAUAAUUGUAAGCUCUUAUCUCCCACCCAUACUAAACUGUUGAGUUUGAGACCCCUGUUUGCAUUGAUAAUCAUCACAUUUAUAAUGUAAUGUACAAAUGUAAAUAUCCUUCAUCUAACUUUAAAAAAAACAAAGAAAUAAACCAGGUAUUUAAACCAUUUCAAGCAUGUAAUACAGAUGAAAGACAGUAGAUAUUUUUUUUAUUUUAGAGUGCAUUUACAGUGUAUUGUCACUCUCCUUUGAAGAAAACUUUGUUCAGAGAAACAACCUGUGUUGCAGCUUUAUAUCUCGAUAUAUCUCGAAUAGCGCGACAUUUGAGAUUUCUUUCCUGUAUCGAGUCAGCAGUUUGGGAAUACCUGACGUGGCGACAAAAGUAGUACAGACUGAAACCAGUUUAAGUAUUAAUCAUUUAAAUCAAAUUCAAAUCUAUCUGUUCCUAUAUUUCUGCUCACCAAAAAAUGUGGUUUAUUACGAGUCAAUCUCCUAAGUUGUUUAGCAUAUCUCAAUGGAAAUACCUGUAAAUAAAAGCUGAACUAUUGAA